GUCUUUCCGCCUCCCCAGCCAUCCUGGGAGCUGGGAGCUGGGAGCUGGGAGCUGGGUUAUGGUGGCCUGAGCAGCAAACGCAGCCACAAGAGCCUGAAGCUCCUGCCCCUCCUGCGCUGCCGGCCACCAAGACCAGGAGACCGGCCGAGACCUGCCAUGCCCGCCCCGCCCAGCCCCCCGGGGGCCCCGAGCCCGCCUUGUCCAGACCUCUGCUGAGGCUGGAGCCGCUGGCCCGAUGUAGCCAGGCUUCAGAUCCGUCUCCUCCCCUCCUGUCUCUCUGUGGAUUUCUCCUGCCGGAUACCCCAGCCUGGACCCCGGGGCUGGCUGGGGCACCUGCAGGCCCUGGAGUCCUGAUGCCUCACAGCUCGCUCUCCUGAGAAGCCACCACCAGCACCCCGAGCUGGGGGCAGGCAACAGGGACGGACGUGGACCAGAGUAAGCCUAGAGGACCCGAAGGCCAGGGUCCACUAUGGCCCAAGCACUGCCCUGGCUCCUGCUGUGGAUGGGCUCAGGGGUGUUACCCGCCCACUGCACCCAGCCUGGCAUCCGGCUGCCCCUGCGAAGCGGGCUUGGGGGGGCCCCCCUGGGGCUGCGGCUGCCCAGGGAGACCGACGAGGAGCCAGAGGAGCCCAGCCGGAGGGGCAGCUUUGUGCAGAUGGUGGACAACCUGAGGGGAAAGUCUGGGCAGGGCUACUACGUGGAGAUGACCGUGGGCAGCCCCCCACAGACGCUCAACAUCCUGGUGGACACAGGCAGCAGCAACUUUGCAGUGGGGGCUGCUCCCCACCCUUUCCUGCAUCGCUACUACCAGAGGCAGCUGUCCAGCACAUACCGGGACCUCCGGAAGGGUGUGUAUGUGCCCUACACCCAGGGCAAGUGGGAGGGGGAGCUGGGCACCGACCUGGUGAGCAUCCCUCAUGGCCCCAACGUCACCGUGCGUGCCAACAUCGCUGCCAUCACUGAAUCAGACAAGUUCUUCAUCAAUGGCUCCAACUGGGAGGGCAUCCUGGGGCUGGCCUAUGCUGAGAUCGCCAGGCCUGAUGACUCCCUGGAGCCAUUCUUUGACUCCCUGGUAAAGCAGACCCACGUGCCAAACCUCUUCUCCCUGCAGCUCUGUGGCACUGGCUUCCCCCUCAACCAGUCAGAAAUGCUGGCCUCAGUUGGUGGGAGCAUGAUCAUCGGGGGUAUCGACCAGUCACUGUACACGGGCAGCCUCUGGUACACGCCCAUCCGGCGGGAGUGGUAUUACGAGGUGGUCAUUGUGCGGGUGGAGAUCAAUGGACAGGAUCUGAAAAUGGACUGCAAGGAGUACAACUAUGACAAGAGCAUCGUGGACAGUGGCACCACCAACCUCCGUCUGCCCAAGAAAGUGUUUGAAGCUGCCAUCAGAUCCAUCAAGGCGGCCUCCUCGACAGAGAAGUUUCCCGAUGGCUUCUGGCUUGGGGAGCAGCUGGUGUGCUGGCAAGCGGGCACCACCCCUUGGAACAUUUUCCCAGUCAUCUCACUCUACCUAAUGGGCGAGGCCACCAAUCAGUCCUUCCGCAUCACCAUCCUCCCACAGCAAUACCUGCGGCCAGUGGAAGAUGUGGCCACCUCCCAAGACGACUGCUACAAGUUCGCCAUCUCCCAGUCAUCGACGGGCACCGUCAUGGGAGCUGUCAUCAUGGAGGGCUUCUACGUUGUCUUCGAUCGGGCCCGGAAGCGAAUUGGCUUUGCUGUCAGUGCCUGCCAUGUGCACGAUGAGUUCAGGACGGCAGCAGUGGAAGGCCCCUUUGUGACCCUGGACAUGGAAGACUGUGGCUAUAACAUCCCACAGACAGAUGAGUCGACCCUCAUGACCAUAGCCUACGUCAUGGCUGCCAUCUGCGCCCUCUUCAUGCUGCCCCUCUGCCUCAUGGUGUGUCAGUGGCGCUGCCUCCGCUGCCUGCGGCACCAGCACGAUGACUUUGCUGAUGACAUCUCCCUGCUUAAGUGAGGAGGAUCUCGGGCAAGAGAGAGUCCCCUCAGCCGCGUCAGUGGCCCACGCUGCUCACGAGGAGACACGGACGGCCCCUGUGGCCAGAGCGCCUCAGACCCUCGCUCCCCACCAAAGGCCUGCCUUGACAAGGAGCAGGACACGCUGGCAGGUGGGCCGUGGGGAUCGCCCCUGCAGGAGACAGGAGCGAAGACAGGGGCGCUCUGGUGGCAGGAGUGCCCUUGGCACCUCAGACAAGUCAGGAAAUUCUGCUGCUUUGAAACCUCAGCCCUGAACCUUUGCCCACUGUCCUCCUAGACUCUCCAACCCCAAUUCUUCUCAUGGUUCCUGAAGCAGGGGCAUCACACCCGUCACCCCAGGGCGUGUCCCUGCAGUGCCCUGGCAGGGACAGGGCCAGUGUUUCCCUGCAGGCCGCAGUUGGUAGGACUGGAGGCAGUUGUGACCUGCAGUAUAAACAACCUAACACUGGUGCAAAGAUUGCCUCUUGAAUUAAACAAAAAAUAAUUGG